CCUUAUCGUACGGGUUGACUGUACCUCCGCGACGCCCGUCUUCUCCCCUUCUGCCCCCGACAGGCGAUUCCCUAUUUAUCCUUAGCCGAAUUUAUCCUCGUGCUGGCUUCGUCUUACUUCUGCCCUUGGCAGGCGAUGCAGAAGGCCCUGCUGUCCGCCGAGAUGCCGGGCGACGCCUGGCAGCGCCUGACGGUGCAUGAGACCUGUUCAGCGAGGGCAUCAAGGCCGAGGGGAAGGCCUUCCACUGCGGCUACUGCGAGGAGGCCGUGGCCGACGUCCCCGCGCACCUGGACCCCAGCACCCGGACCUGAAGGGGAAGCUGCACGUCCGCAACCGCGAGAUCUGCGAAACCGCGCUGAGGGGCAUGCGGGAGGAGGGCUGGAAGCUGCAGAUGGAGGGCAUCGGCAUCCGCGACCAGAAGUACUACUGCAGGGCGUGCUCCAAACACGACAUGUGGUACCAGGUCUUCGAGAACCACCUCAACACGAACAACCACGUCAGGAGCCUCUGGGGCGCGGACCUCGCCAAGGCGCCCAAGCACGGCGGGGAGGCCGAGAAAGUCUGGAAGGCGUACGUCGAGAGCUGGGACUCCGUCCUGGUGGAGCAGGGCCUGUGGCCCUCCGGCGACGACGCGCUCCGCCCGGCGCUGCCAGCCGCCGCGGCGGUGGCGGCCUCCUGGGCGCCCGCGCUGGGGCUGCGCAAGGCGAAGGCCACCGCCAAGAGCAGCACCACCAAGGCGCUGACCAAGGUCAGGGAGCCGGAGGCCAGACAGACGCCGCCGUUGGAGGAGAGAAGAAGUCGGUGGGCGACGUCUUCGAGCUGCCCCUGGACCGCGUGUUCUUCACCCACGACCACAUCACCCCGGCGGGGGGUCGGCGGAUUCUCGGACGGCCGGACCUUCGAGGACCUGAUCCGAGACCUGCAGAGCGGCAAGGUGCACCCCAAGCGGGACAACUUCCUCGUGCUCGACGUCGCCUACGCGGAGGCGGAGCGGAAGGCCUUCUCCUUCAACAACAGGCGCCUCAAGUGCCUGAAGGACAGCUUCGCGGCCUUCCCCUCGACGCUGCUCCAGGGUGCUUAG